ACAAACUCCAUUGUAAGCUCUCUGUGGCAGGAAUGGCUCUCCUAAUCCCUGAACAGUUGACCCUCCCUGUCGCCAGUAUUCACUGGAUUCUAUAACACCUGCUUUUGUUUUUGUUUGUGAUGUUUGAGGAUGGAAAUAUGAGGAAGCUGUUAAAGACAUUUACUCUCUCGUUUUUCUUCCACCAGUGGGAUGGAGUAGGACCUCUUCCAGACUGUGCAGAACCACCCAAAGGGAUCCAGAUGCUGUGGCACCCCUCCAUAGUCAAACCCUACCUCACACUGCUCUCUGAGUGCUCAAACCCAGACACGCUGGAAGGGGCGGCAGGUGCCCUGCAGAACUUGGCCGCAGGGAGCUGGAAGGGCUGGGCUGAGGAUGUGGCAGGCAUGGCGUAUGCCCUACGUUCACUGCCAGAGGGGGCUCCCUGCCUGCCACAGUGGUCAGUAUAUAUCCGAGCUGCUGUCCGAAAAGAGAAAGGCCUGCCCAUUCUUGUCGAGCUGCUCCGAAUAGACAACGACCGUGUGGUGUGUGCGGUGGCCACGGCGCUCCGGAACAUGGCCUUGGACGUCAGAAAUAAGGAACUCAUCGGUAUGUUCUCUGACUCACAGAGUCCCAGUUUCUCGGUGAAAAUGCUUUCUUAUGGGAUGUGUGUGGCGAGACCGACAUGUAGUAACACGUGUGAGCAGAUGCCGUGCGUUUAUUAGCAGCCUCAUGUUUUCCAGGUCUCCUGCUUCAAAUCUAGUGAACUGACGAAUCAUUUACAAUUUAGAGGGAAAGGUAGUUUUGUUGACCUUUUUCAUCCUUGCAAAUUAAAAGUGACCACAUGCUGAGCACUUCAUCCUGUCAUCCUGAGUCCCUCAGAAGACUGUGUUUGCCUCCCACUUGUGAGCUGAGGAAUCCUGAUGGGGUACACCUCCCUUUGCUCCCCCUCUCUAUUUUCAAUUUAUUUUGGAUGAGACCAUACUGAAUCCCUAAUCCUAUUUCUUUUUCUACAUCACCACCCCAUGAGAUACUGAGGACCUUUGAUUGUUGAUUCAUUGAGGAGGCAAUACACUCACAUAUUUAUUCAACAAACAUGUGUUUAUAAUCUACUUCACUCCCGGCCAAUUCUAGGGCUGGAGAUUUAUAUCAAUGAGUGAGACUAAGAGAAAGUAUUGACCUUGUGGAGUUUGCAUUCAGGAGGGAGGAGGGGUCCAAUCAACAAAUGAAGCACACAGUGUCUUAGGAAGGCUUCACGGGGAGAAAUGGAGCAGAGAAAAUAAGGCUGUGAUUGGUAAGGUUGCGAGUUCUUUUUUAAUUCACAUAACAUACAGUUAAUCUUUCUAAAGUGUAUAGUUUUGGUGCCAUUUGGUAAUUCCCAGUGUUAUGUAACCAGGACCUCUGUCAAGACCCAGAACGUUGUCACCACCACGAAGGGCCAUCCAUGUCUAUUAAACAGCCCUGUCCCUCCUCCUCCUCCCCACCUCGGGCAGCCACCAAGCUGCUUUCUGUCUGUGGGUUGCCCUGCUCUGAACCUUUCAGGUGCUUGGAGCCAGGUCAUAUGAUUUCUUUCCUUUCCUUUGCUCAGUUUGGCGUAAUCUCAUGUGUCUAUUUUUGUUUCAUUACCUAAGCUUUUGGAGUCAAAUACAGAAGAAAAUCAUUGCCUGGACUGAUAUUGUGUAGAUUUUCCCAUUUCCUUCUGUGAGUUCUAUUGUUUCAAGUCUCCUGUGCAGGUAUUUAAUCCAUUUUUAGUUCAUUUUUUUGUAGAUGAUGUGAUGUAAGGGUGCAGUUUCAUUCUUCUGCCUGUGGAUAUCCAGUUUAUUGUUGGAAUUUUAAAUGAGAGGUCAAGGUAGGAGUGGUCAGAAGGUAACUCUUGAGCCAAUACUUAAGGGAAGCAGAUAGCCAUGCAGAUAUUUAGGGGGAAGAGAAUCCAAGGUGAAGGGGCAGCCUCUGCAGUCAGCUCCCUGGAGUGAGAGCUGGGAGCAAGCCAGUGGGGGAAAGGCCUUCAGGGAACCUAAUGUGUCUGUAGGGCAGGUGGUGGGAGCCCAAGUCAGAGAGAUCUCCUAGUGCCUCUCUCUUUGUAGGUGAAGAGGCCAAUCUGGGUAAGGAUGAUGCUUGGGGAAGGAUGACCUCACAGAAAUUUGGUGGGAAACCGCUGUGGUCCCCAUGGACUAUUGUCCUGAUGGAUAGGCAUCUGGUAUUGAGAUGAUUCCUGUAGGGUUGUUGGUCAGUUUAGAGAACACAUUCUGGCAGACAGAGCAGGUAACAGGUGUCAGUGGACAGCAUCUGGAGACUGGGCCAGCUACUAUGGCCAAAAUGCAGCUUACUUGUGGCCUCUAGGGAACUGGGAGAAAUAAGAUAUGAGUGUACCAAGGGACAAGACUCCAUU